AUGUUCUCCCCUUCCGUCAAACGCUUCAUUUCUCGUACGAUCCCGUCGGCCGCUCAAAGACACUAUGCUUCAACCUCGGCUUCCACCGGUGGUGCGGCAUUUCAAGUGUUUAAUCGCGACGUAAAAAGACGACAGAAGGAUCGUGCCGCCAUGCAAGUAGAGGAAAGUCGUACAGUGGACUAUCUAAAGGACGUAGUAGCCGGUCGUGUAGCCGAUCGCUUACUCGACAUCAAACGCGAAUUCGGUGCCGUAGUUGAUUUAGGAUCGGGUUGUGGACAUAUUGUCAAACAUGUGGAUUCAGAUAUGAUGCAGAAACUUAUUAUGUGUGAUAUGUCAGUGGAAGUGGAACGAAAGGUGGUUGAUGAAGAACAUUUACCAUUUGAGGAAGACUCGAUUGAAGCAGUAGUGAGCAGUCUGUCACUGAACUGGGUCAACGAUCUGCCCGGUGCUUUGAUUCAAAUUCGAAGGGCCUUGAAACCGGAUGGUGUAUUUAUUGGCGCUAUGUUUGGUGGCGAUACAUUGUUUGAGCUGAGAACUUCGCUGCAAUUGGCUGAAGUAGAAAGAGAAAGCGGUAUUUCUCCUCGUGUAUCUCCCAUGACUGAUUCAAGUGAUGUAUCGCGUCUUUUGUCGCGAGCAGGUUUUACUUUGACAACUGUGGAUGUGGACGAAAUUCAAGUCAAUUACCCUUCAGCCUUUGAGCUCAUGCAAGACUUGCGAUCAAUGGGCGAAAAACUUCACGGAAAUCCCGAUGGAACGAUUCCAGCUACAUUUCAAGUCAUCUACAUGAUCGGUUGGAAACCAUCCGCUACAACACCACUACCGAAAAAACGUGGUUCAGCAAAUGUAUCAAUGAAAGAUGUCUUGGAAAACUAG